AGCACAAACCCUCCUCUGUUCUCGGUCUGGAGCGGAUGUGCCCCCACCCCUGGCCCCCAGCCCCCGCGUCGUGCAGCUGUUCCCGCCGGCAGAGGAGUCACGCGGACCGGCUGCGCUCGUCCGUAGGAGCCACCGACAGCUGUGACCCCCGGGAUGGAUCCACCCCAUGACUGAGCCCCUUCCCGGGGCGGGGGAGUCCCGGAGCCCGACCUCCUUCCGCCCUCCGCUCCGUGAGCCGCAGCGAUGAGCAGCAUCUACAAGGACUACCUGAGCCACGGCAAGGUGCAGGAGCACUACAACUACACCAAGGGGAUUCCCGAGUCACAGCUGACCCCGUCCCGCCAGGCGGCCCAGGCCGUGAUCUUGGCCAUCUGCGUGGCCAGCGUCUUGGAGAACCUACUGGUGCUGGGGGCCGUGGCCCGGAACCGCCGGUUGCACUCAGCCAUGUACCUUUUCCUGGGGAACCUGGCCCUGUCGGACCUGCUGGCCGGGGCCACGUUCAUGGCCAACGUCCUCCUCUCGGGCCCCCGGACGUUCCAGCUGACCCCCGUGGCCUGGCUGGCCCGGGAGGGGUCGGCCUUUACCGCCCUGUCGGCCUCGGUCUUCAGCCUGUUGGCCAUCGCCGUGGAGCGCCACGUGGCUGUGGCCCGGGUCCGGGUGUACGGCGCCGUCGGCGGCGGGGGGCGGCGGGUCCUGGGGCUCCUGGGGGCGUGCUGGGUCGUGGCUCUGGCCAUCGGCGGCCUGCCCAUCCUGGGCUGGAACUGCCUGGGGCGGCUGGAGGCCUGCUCCACCGUCCUGCCCCUCUACGCCAAACCCUACGUGGUCCUGGUGGCCUCCGCCUUCAUGGUCAUCCUGGCGGCCAUCGCGGGGCUCUACGCCCGGAUCUACUGCGUGGCCCGGGCCAGCCACGCCGAGCUGGCCGGACCCCGGGCCCUGGCCCUGCUCCGGACGGUGGCCAUCGUUCUGGGCGUUUUCGUGGCUUGCUGGCUGCCCACCUUUGCCAUCCUGCUCCUGGACGCGUCCUGCCCCCACCGGGCCUGCCCCAUCCUGGCCCAGGCCCACUACUUCUUCAGCUUCGCCACCCUGAACUCGCUGCUCAACCCCAUCAUCUACACGUGGAGGAGCCGGGAGCUGCGGGGGGAAGUGCUGCGGAUGCUGGGCUGCCGGCAGGGCAGGAGGCCGCCCGUGGGGCGGGCGCCAGGGGGCCGGAGCACCUCGGGACCCCCGCGCCCCUCCGGCCCCUCCUCGCCCACCCUGCUGGAGGGACAGACCAUGGUCUGAUGUCUGGGCCGCGGAGCCCCCUGCCAUCAGCGGGCCACGGGUGGGGGGGGGGCGGGGGGCACGAUGGCGGCCGAA